GCUGCUGCAGUCUCUGAGCAGAUACCUCUGUUCUUGCCCUCCCUAGUUUGAGUUGACGCAGAGAACCCCUGCUCACGGAUUGUGGACCAUUCCUCCGUUCCUCCACAUCCAGGCGAAGUGAGAGCGGCGCAGAGCACCAGACGGACCGGAGCGGGUUAGUGUGGGUACACGGAGGCGCGUUACACUCACGGACUCUGUACAUCGCAACUCCAACACAAAUGGAUAUUUACGUGGCUCUGUUAUCCCUUUUCUUUUUUACCUCACCAGCUUUGGCUUUCGGUUCAGAUCAAGACUACCAGAUUGACAUCAUCAAUGAACUUGACCUGGCAAAUGCCACCUAUGGAAUUACCCAAGUGGCGGGUCUUCACAACAGCAGCAAAGCCUUCCUUUUCCGAGAUGUUGGGAGAGCAGUUCACGCCCCGGCACACAUCACAGAAAAAGUGGUACAGCUGUUCAGGAGUAAAAGUGAGUUUACCUUCUUGGCCUCCAUCCAGCAGAAGUCCUCCACGUCAGGAGUCAUAUUCUCCAUCCACGAGUCAGAACACAGCUACUUUGAGCUGGAAAGCAGCGGGGUGAGAGAGGAGAUCCGCUAUCACUACCGCUUCAAAGGCAAGCCACGCUCUGAAUCCUUCCCCUACCGCCUCGCUGAUGGCCAGUGGCACAAGAUCGCCCUUACCAUCAGUGCCUCCCACCUGCUUCUGCACGUUGACUGUAACAGAAUUUAUGAGCGGGUGAUAGACCCUCCCCAGAUGGAGCUCACCCCAGGCAGUGGAGUGUGGCUUGGCCAGCAUAGCCACAGACAUGGUCUGUUUAAGGGCAUUAUUCAGGAUGUGAAGCUGAUUUUUGCUCCCAACGGCUACAUCACACAGUGUCCAAACCUUAACCGUACCUGUCCCACCUGCAGUGAUUUCCUGAGUCUGGUGCAAGGCAUCAUGGACCUUCAGGAACUACUGGCUAAGAUGACCUUGAAGCUGAACUAUGCUGAGUCGAGGCUGACCCAGCUGGAAGGAUGUCAUUGCGAGAGGACCUGCAGUGCCAACGGUCUGGUCUACCGGGAUAAGGAGCUGUGGGUAGAACCUGAGAACUGCAGGAACUGCGCAUGCAAGAACGGUGUGGUCGAGUGUCGCAGGAUUUUCUGUCCUCUGGCAAACUGCUCAGAAGACUUGUUGCCUGUACAUGUGGAUGGAAAUUGCUGCAAGACAUGCAGACCAAAAUGUACCUACAUGGAACAGACAUUUUCUGAGGGACAGCGGUUUUUGUCCAGGAGCUGCCGGGAAUGCAAGAAUGGCCUGAUGGUGAAAGUCACAGAGACCUGUCCAGAUCUAAACUGCACCCUCAGUGAACAGAUCUUACCAGAUGGCAGAUGCUGCAAUGUUUGCAGAGGUUAUGACUUCUGCGCAGAGGGACUCAUUUGUGGGGAAAACUCAGAGUGUAAAAACAGGAAUACUAAAGCAGAGUGUGAAUGCAAGAGUGGCUAUGCCUCCAUCCACGGGGAUUCUACUUACUGUGAAGAUAUUGAUGAGUGCGCGACGCAGAUGCACUACUGCCAGUCCAACACAGUGUGCGUCAACCUGCCCGGCAGCCAUCGCUGUGACUGUCUACCAGGCUUCACCAGAGUGGACGAGUACUCUUGCACCGAGCAUGACGAGUGCGCCAGCAGCCAGAAUUUGUGUGAUGAGAACGCCAUCUGCACCAACACCAUCAGGGGACAUCUGUGUACCUGCAAGCCAGGCUACGUGGGCAAUGGCACCAUCUGCAGAGCCUUCUGUGAAGAGGGAUGCCGAAGCGGCGGGACCUGUGUGUCUCCCAACACAUGUGUCUGUCCCUCGGGAUUCACAGGACACCGCUGUGAGACAGAUAUUGACGAGUGUGCAGAGGGCCUGAUUGAGUGCCACAACCACUCCCGCUGUGUCAACCUGCCUGGCUGGUACCACUGUGAAUGCAGAAGUGGUUUCCAUGACAAUGGCUCCUACCUGCUCGACGGGAGCUCCUGCAUCGACAUUGACGAGUGCAGUUUGCAGACACACACCUGCUGGAAUGACAGUGUGUGUGUGAACCUCCCGGGAGGCUAUGACUGCGUGUGCACAUCUGGUCCAGGUUGCAGUGGUGACUGCCCACAGGAAGAAGGAAUCAGGCGCAAUGGAGAAGAUUGGAAACCCAGCUUUGAUCGCUGUGCUGUAUGCUCCUGCAAGGAUGGGCAGACGUACUGCAGGCGAAGACCUUGUGACUGUGGAGACCCAGAAGAGGAUCUGUUCUGUUGUCCUGGCUGUGACAACAGGCCCAGCAGCCAGUGUCUGGAUCAGAGCGGACGCACACUUUACCGCAGCGGAGCAUCUUGGUUGUACGGCUGCCAGCAGUGCCGCUGCAUGGAGGGGGAGGUCGACUGCUGGCCUCUAGUUUGCCCCACGUUGAUGUGCGAGUACACGGCAGUAGCGGAGGGCGAAUGUUGCCCGCGCUGCGUCACAGACCCCUGCCUGGCUGACAACCUGUCGUAUGACAUUCGGCAGACAUGCAAGGACCCUGCAGGCAUCGCCCGCCUCAGCGGAGACACAUGGCAUAUGCCCAAAUCACCCUGCACCACUUGCAAGUGCAAGAAUGGAAACGUUUGCUGCUCGGUGGAUCUCGACUGCCUUCAGAACAACUAAAGCCCUCCCUCCUCCUCCUCCACGUGCCGUCCUCUUCUUCUCCUUUCACUAUGGGACUGCCACAUCCCCUCAACCAUCUGACGACCCUUCCCCUCAGACUCGCAAGACAGACUCUCGCAUGCACAUGUGCAUGCCAGUGUGUGCACAAAAAAAGAAAAUUUGCAAACACACACUGGACAGACUGGGGUGUCGCGGCUGUGCUUUUAUGCUGUACCUCUGUCGACAAACAGCGACUGAGUGUGCGUGCGUGACUCAGGAGGAGACAGAGGCCCGAGUUGCUCUCACCACAGUCGCUGUGUUGUGUUUGUGUCUCUGUGUUCGAAUCCAUCCUUUCACGAAACGUCUUGAAACCUUUUUAAAUGUCUCAAACCCGAAACCAGAGACAAACAGCCAGACGGAUGCUGAGGGGCUCCGUCUGUCUACAUUUGCCUAAACACGGACUCUUUAAUGCUUGGUCGCCUACAGGAAACUAAACGUCCAUUACUUUGGUAACCAAAAGCAAUGCAUCCACUUUACUGUGUUUUGUGUUACUGAAUCAGGAGGUAGUUCA